CAGAACGCCGGGCGUUACACUGCUCUCACUCAGUCCUCGCUUGAGUGCUCAGGUUUCGGCAUAGUGCCUUGAGAAUCGCUUUUAUCCAGUUUUUCAUUAAACAAAGCUUUCUAUUGAGACCUUAAAGAUCGUUUUAACCCUUUCUCCACACUAUUCAAGCGUGGAAUAGCUUUUUAUUACUCUCAAAGAGAGUGUUAGCCCCGAGGCGUUGACUCUGUGAGUGCACAUUUAUUUCGUCCAGGAAAAUGGCAAAGGAUGAUAAGAAGAACGCGUGGAAGGAGUUCUUCUGGAACCCGAGAACGCGCGAGUUCUGCGGGAGGACCGCGAGCAGUUGGGGUCUGAUCCUGUUGUUUUAUCUGGCAUUCUACAUUUUCCUGGCUGGAUUAUUUGCUCUCACCAUGUACGUAAUGCUGCAGACGCUCGAUGACCACAGACCAACAUACCAAGAUAGACUUUCAACUCCAGGAAUGAUGAUCAGACCUAAAGGAGAUCAGCUGGAGAUCGCUUACACCAUGGAGUACACAGAGACCUGGGAAAGAUACGUCCAGGCCCUCAAUAACUUCCUCUCGCCCUACAACGACACAGUCCAGGCCCAGAAGAAUUAUGAAUGUAAACCGGAUCAUUACUUCAUCCAGGAGGACAGUGGCAGCUUGAAAAACUUCCCCAAGCGUUCCUGCCAGUUCAAACGCUCCAUAUUGGAGGAUUGCGCUGGGCUCACAGAUCGUUAUUAUGGUUACAGUGAUGGCAAGCCCUGCAUUAUCAUCAAGCUUAACCGUGUGAUUGGUCUGUUGCCUGCUGAGGAUGGGCAGCCUCCUUACGUCACAUGUGGUGCUAAGAAAUACAAAGUUGGAAAAGAUGAGUGGGCAGAUGACUCAGAUAAACUUGGUGAACUGGUGUACUUUCCCCCAAAUGGCACCUUUAACCUUAUGUACUACCCAUACUAUGGCAAGAAAGCCCAGGUACAACACACACACACACACACACACACACACACACACACACACACACACACACAGGUCCUCCCCAUCUAAAAGAGUGUAGGAUUAUGCACAGAAGGCACAGCUAGAUAAACCAGACAAAGCAAUCCUCAGCACAGACAGAGCAGACUGUAUUUUUUUUCCAUUUGAGACUGUAGUGAGAUUGUAGGGAGUUAGCAAUGAAGUUUUUGUGUGCAUUUGUGUGUGUACAUCAGUGUCUGUGUGUGUGUGUGUGUUUGCAUGUGUGAGCUGA